AUGGCCCCCACGCUGCAGCAGGCGUACCGGAGGCGCUGGUGGAUGGCGUGCACCGCGAUGCUGGAGAACCUCUUCUUCUCUGCCGUGCUCCUCGGUUGGGGCUCCCUGCUGAUCAUGCUCCAGAAGGAGGGCUUCUACUCCAUCCUGUGCUCAGCUGAGAACGCCACCAACACCACCCAGGAUGAGCAGCGGGAGUGGCUGAGCUGUGACCACCAGGAAGAGAUGCUCAACCUGGGCUUCACCAUCGGCUCCUUCGUGCUCAGCGCCACGACCCUGCCGCUGGGGAUCCUCAUGGACCGCUUUGGCCCCCGGCCCACGCGGCUGGUUGGCAGUGCCAGCUUCGCCGCGUCCUGCGCCCUCAUGGCCCUGGCCUCUCGGGACACCAGAGUUCUGUCUCCGUUGAUAUUCCUGGCGCUGUCCCUGAAUGGCUUUGGUGGCAUCUGCUUAACGUUCUCUUCACUCACGCUGCCCAACAUGUUUGGGAACCUACGAUCUACGUUCAUGGCCCUCAUGAUCGGCUCCUACGCCUCUUCUGCCAUCACAUUCCCGGGAAUCAAGCUGAUCUAUGACGCUGGCGUGUCCUUCAUGGUCAUCAUGUUCACGUGGUCGGGCCUGGCCUGCCUCAUCUUUCUGAACUGUGCUCUCAACUGGCCCAGCGAAGCCUUUCCUGCUCCCGAGGAAGUCAACUAUACGAAGAAGAUCAAGCUCAGCGGACUGGCCCUUGAUCACAAGGUGACAGGUGACCGCUUCUACACCCAUGUGACCAUUGUGGGCCAGCGGCUGAGCCAGAAGGCCCCCAGCCUGGAGGACGGGGCUGAAGUCUUCAUCUCAUCCCAGGAUGUUCGUGGCAUCUCAGAAAGCCCUCCUGAGAAGUCUGUCCCCUUCCGCCAGAGCCUCUGUUCCCCCAUUUUCCUGUGGAGCCUUCUCACCAUGGGCAUGACCCAGCUGAGGGUCAUCUUCUACAUGGCCGCCAUGAACAAGAUGCUGGAGUACCUCGUGACUGGUGGUCAGGAGCAUGAGACGGACAUCCUGAGAAAAAGGGCGGCAGAGACAGUUGGGUUCUACUCCUCCAUCUUUGGGGCCAUGCAGCUGUUGUGCCUUCUCACCUGCCCCCUCAUUGGCUACAUCAUGGACUGGCGGAUCAAGGACUGUGUGGACGCCCCCACUGAGGGCAGUGCCCUCGGAAACGCCAGGGAUGGGGUCGCCACCAAGUCGGCCAGACCGCGCUACCGCAAGAUCCAGAAGAUCACCAAUGCCAUCAACGCCUUCACCCUGACCAACUUUCUGCUGGUGGGGUUUGGCGUCACCUGCCUCAUCAAUAGCUUACACCUCCAGGUACCCACCUCUGUCCUUCACACCGUGGUUCGAGGUUUCUUCCACUCAGCCUGUGGGAGCCUCUGCAGCUGCAAUAGUUCGGCACCCGGGGUCCCCUUGUCAGUGGGAGGCUGCGCCUGUGCCCACGCUCCCAGUGGCAGCCCCCUGGACGCCCCCACCUGCUUUCUCACCUACAGUCUCUAUGGCUCCUGUCACCAGCGCAACAAUCUGUUCCCGUCCAACCACUUUGGGACGCUGACGGGUCUGCAGUCCCUCAUCAGUGCUGUGUUUGCCCUGCUCCAGCAGCCGCUUUUCAUGGCCAUGGUGGGACCCUUGAAAGGAGAGCCCUUCUGGGUGAAUCUGGGCCUCCUGUUAUUCUCACUCCUGGGAUUCCUGCUGCCUUCUUACCUCUUCUACUACCGUGCCCAGCUCCAGAGGGAGUACGCCACCGACUGGGAGGGCCCAAAGAAGGUGCUUGGAAGCUCCGAGGUGACUGCCUAG